AUGAAGUGGAGGCUCUUCUGGGUGAGCAUGCUGCAGGAACUCAGUGGGAAAGCGGCUUCUCGUAGAGGACUCGUUGAGCGUCGCUUGAAUCUGGUAGAGCGGACACAGCUGUGUUCUCUUAGGGCGCAAACCGUUGAACGUUACCUGGGUGCUUGCACCCUGACCCAACGCCGUUGGUUGCGGGGCGUGAGCACGGCCACUGACGCGAACGCCCUAGAGACGCGUAAGCGUCGUUGCCUUUAUCGAGCGAACCAGCGCGGUCUGCGGGAGCUCGAUAUCCUUCUUGGCGAGUGGACGCAGAGGCACCUGGCAACGUUCACUGAGCAGGAUGUCAGUGAACUUGAGCAAGUUCUCGAUCACGAAAGUCCUCUACUCUAUCUAUAUAUAACAGAGCAGAGACAGCCGCCCGCAGAACUGGCCGGACUUGCACUCUUCCAGCGACUGGUUCGUGAAACGCGACAAGCGCGCUCCUAG